CAAAUCCUGCUGCACCGAGGUACUGAAGGGCUGGACAUCCGAGUCCACCAGCGCCUACGACGACGACGGAGGAAUUCUGAAGCUUGAGCUGACCUUGAAGCGAAGGCUAAGAACCGAUGAUGGUGGUGGUCGAAAGGUAAGAAGGAAAUACCUGGGAGACCGAAUCCAUCGAGGAUCAUCUGCCGUCCGUACCGGCGGUAAUCUUCGACAGGAAGCUCCAUGGAAGGCAAAGGCAAGUAACGCGAUCACGGUUUGUCUCUUACCACGAUGGCCACGAUGGCCCUUGCUCCCCUUCCUACCAGUGCGCCUCUCGUCGACGACACCAACCUCAACGCUCCAUUUCUCCUCUCACCCACGAAACGACCGCCACCCCUUCCCUGGCCAGAUAUCUCUUCACGCGCCAAAUGGUCCGUGUCCUCUGCAAAAUUCGGGUUUGGUGUCGAGUGCUUGCGUGAUGGUGAUCCUGAGACGUUUUGGCAUUCGGAUGGCCCCCAGCCUCAUUUCAUCACCAUCGAGUUUCCUCGAAAAAUGCCUGUCCAGAAACUGAGCAUAUACCUCAGUCAUCCCUUGGACGACUCAUAUACCCCCGCGACGCUCGCCAUUCGCGCCGGAACUGGUUCGACGGAUCUGCAGGAUGUUCGGAUAAUUACACUGGAUAAGCCAGAUGGCUGGCUAACGUUUGAUAUAUCAUCGGAACCCAACGACGACGGUGAUGGGUUGAAACCCAUCUACGCCUACGUGCUCCAGAUCAUCGUCAUGACCAACCACCAGAGCGGUAAAGAUACCCAUGUCCGGGGUCUACGCGUCUUGGGACCUAUCGAGGAACAAGAUCCUCUUGACGAAGACAUAUUUACUUUCAAACAUCCGGAAUACAAAAUGUACGAAACAAUUCGAUAAGCCAUUAUCAUGGCUGCUGUAUUACUAGUUGUAUCAUAUUACAUCUCUUGGUCAUGUACACACAUACAGAAUAAACAAAAAAAAAACACCUAUCUAUCCAAACACGCAGUAUAAAAGAUCCAAUAAACAUGCAAGGUGUUGUCUAAUUCAAUAAAUCAAUUUAAGAGUUCGGGUGAUAGCCAGUGCUGUAUGCGUCCGUCAUCUUUUGUGUAGGCUGAUGUGGCCAUUGUUGGGUAUCUGGAUACGGACGCCCACCGGCUGAAGACCGUUCUGUAGAGGGAUAGGGAGCGGCGCUAUAUCCCGGAGGCUGUUGUGCUGGAGUCGUAACGCUCCAUCUAGCACUAGGUGCAGG